CUCUUCAACUUAUUUUCUUCUGGUACUCCAUGUUAUAAACUUACCUUAGCUUCUUCAAUAUAGUUUCAGUCUUAGGGUUUUAACUCUUAACACAAAAGGAAGAUCAAUAGUUAGUUUUCCUUAAACAAGUUCUUUUUGUUUGUUUAGGAAAGCUGUCUAAGUAGCUAGGGUUUCUACUUCUUCAAAGAAGAAGAGAGUUAUUUUUGUUUAGGUUUUUAGAGAAGUUAUUAGCAAUGGAAGAGAGAAAUGAGAAAGAAAAAAAUAUGGAUGAAGUGAUGCUUCCAGGGUUUAGGUUUCAUCCAACUGAUGAAGAGUUAGUAGGGUUUUAUCUAAGGAGGAAAGUUCAGCAGAAACCAAUCUCCAUUGAACUUAUCAAGCAACUUGACAUCUAUAAAUAUGAUCCAUGGGAUCUACCAAAGUUGGCAGCAGUGGGAGAAAAAGAAUGGUAUUUCUACUGUCCAAGGGAUAGAAAAUAUAGAAAUAGUGCAAGGCCAAAUAGAGUAACUGGGGCUGGUUUUUGGAAAGCAACAGGUACUGACAGGCCAAUAUAUUCAUCUGAAGGAUCAAAAUGCAUUGGGUUGAAGAAAUCACUAGUUUUCUACAAAGGUAGAGCUGCAAAAGGUAUUAAAACUGACUGGAUGAUGCAUGAGUUUCGAUUGCCUUCCAUCACUGACUCCACUGCACCAAAGAGAUUCUUGGACAAACAUAUUCCUCCUAGUGACUCAUGGGCAAUAUGCAGGAUUUUCAAGAAAGCUAACUCCAAUGCACAUAGAGCUCUUUCUCACUCUUGGGUAUCACCACCAGUACCUCAAAAUAACACUACAUCUCAUGAUUUUCUAACAAACAGCCACUUCACUAAUUCAGAUGAAAUGCCAUUUACACACAAAACAAGUUCACCUAUCCAAUUUAAUGAUUUACAAAAUUCAUCCAACAAUUUGGCUAGCUUCUCCACAUUAGAUCUUCCUCUUUACAAAACCCUCAACUCAAUGUCUAGUUAUAGACCCCCUCAACAAAUUUCAAUCUCAAACCAUGACCCCAUUACAAGUUAUACAUUUUCUUCAUGUGCUGAAAAUAUGAACAAUAUUGAUGCUUCUUCAUUGCUCUUAAACAUGUCAUCUUCUAUAUUUGGAGAUUAUUCGAUAGCAUUACCGGAGAAUUUGGAAGGUGGUGGUGUUCAUGAGACAACAACCUUAAAGGAAGCUAAUAAUGUGAUCAACAUGCAACAUAUGGAGGAACAAUGGGGAAAUGUUAGAUCUAAUAUUGGACUUCCUUUGAUGAAUAAUUUUCCAUUGAAUAUGGCUGCUGAUGCAUGGAAGACAAAUUUGCUUUGGGAUUCUUCUCCUUGUCCUAGUAGUGAAAUGUCUACAAGUUUUUCUAGUAACAAGUGCUACACUUGAACCAUAGCUACUAAUUUUUAGUGUUGUGUUUUUUAGUUUCAAGCAGUUAGCUUUUGUUUUCUUUCUUUUGAAUUUUUGUUUUCUUUUCUUUUUGUGUACUUUUAGUUUGGACUUAGUUUUCGUUUUGGAUUAGUGUUGUAAAAACUCUAAUGUAGGUUUUUCAAUUGAUUCAUGACAAAUCAAAUCGUUUCCCGAAAGGUUUUGGCCAAGAUAUGGAAGAACAAUUUCUUAUUACAGUCAAACCU